CUUGUACUGAACUUUGGGUUAGGUACUUCUCUACACACAGCUGAAGCCUCAUCUGGCAGCCAUGCCCAUGAGUAUAGAGCAAGGUCUCCACAUGGCAAGAGGGAGCGGAGAAACUAGCUACACUAAGAAUUCUAGGAUUCAAGAAAAGGCUAUGUUUCAGAUUAAACCACUCCUUGAGGAGGCCACGAGAGAAGUAUACACAGCUCUUCACCCUCGAAUCAUGGUCGUGGCUGAUUUAGGCUGCUCUUCGGGGCCUAACACAUUGCGCUUCGUCUCAGAGGUGAUCAGCAUCAUAGAUCGUUAUUGCAAGGAACUUGGCAUACCGCAUGACCACCCAGAGCUUCAGUUCUUCCUGAAUGACCUGCCGGGCAAUGACUUCAACAACCUCUUCGAGUUGGUCGACCAGUUCAAGAGAUCAACGACAAUAAAUCACCAGGAAGAGGCACGGCCUCCAUACUAUAUCUCUGGGUUACCAGGCUCUUUCUACACCAGGCUUUUCCCUUGUGAAAGUGUUCACCUCUUCCACUCUUUGUUCUGCCUUCAAUGGCGCUCUCAGGCACCGAAGGGACUCAAGGGCACGGGAAAAACACUCAAAGAUAAAGGAGAUAUUUACAUCACAAAGACUACAUCACCUUCGAUAGUAAAACUGUUUCAACAGCAGUUCCAAAAGGACUUCUCCCUCUUCCUCAAGCUGCGCUAUGAAGAACUCGUUUUUGGCGGCCAAAUUAUUCUAACAUUUAUUGGGAGAAAGUAUGAGGAUGUGUUCAGCGGAGAGUCCAAUCAUCUCUACGGAUUGCUUGCACAAUCGCUGCAAUCCCUUGCUGAUGAGGGCCUUCUGAAGAAGGAAAAACUUGAUUCCUUCUAUCUACCAAUCUAUUCGCCAUCAGUUGGUGAAGUGGUGGCUAUAGUGGAGCAAAAUGGGCUGUUCAACAUGAAUCACGUCAAAUUGUUUGAGACAAACUGGGAUCCUUAUGAUGACUCAGAGUGUGAUGUUGUGCACGACAGUUUUAGGAGCGGUGUGAAUGUCGCCAAGGUUAUAAGAGCAGUAAUGGAGCCACUGGUUGCUAGCCAUUUUGGAGAAACCAUACUCGACACAUUAUUCAAAGAGUAUGCGCACCGUGUUGCCAAACAUCUUGAGAAGGAGAAAACGAAGCUUGCGGUUAUUGUCCUGUCCAUGAAGAAAUUAAAUCAAUCUAGAUAUCCAAGCAUCGUGCCUUAAAUUUUGUUGUUUCACUCCAACUAGUUGCUACCACGCGCUAUACCAGUUAUCUAGAAAACUCAAUAAUAUGCAUGUUUGUGUGUAAUGUGCUGCUUGUUGUGGUGCUGUUUAUUAUCUUCAUCAUUGUUUGUCGAGCUACAAUUUAAAUAGUAAAGAUUAUGUACUCUGUCUA